AUGGCUGCCUCCGCUGAAAUGUUGUGCUCUAUGGCCGCUUUGGUCCUUAAGGACGCUGGCAAGGAAAUCACCGGCGAGGCCAUCAGUGCUGUGCUCAAGUCCAUCAACGCCGAGGUCGAGUCUUACUGGCCCAAGCUCUUCGCUCAGGCUCUCGAGGGGCUCGACAUCGACUCUCUCAUGACUGCCGUCGGGUCUGCCGCCCCCGCCGCCGCUGGAGCUGUCGCUGGCGGUGCAACGACUGCUGCUGCCGAGCCCGCGGCCGCCGAGAAGAAGGAAGAAGAGAAGGAAGAGGAGGAGGACGACGAUAUGGGAUUCUCUCUCUUUGACUAA